AUGCGGCUCCCAGCCGGCGCACGCCUUGCGCUCCUGCUCGCCCGCCGCUCCCUCUCCUCCUCCGCGUCCUCCUCCUCCCGUCUCCCGCGGGCGCACAGAGGGAUAUGGAGCGGUGCGGCACGCGCGGCGCCCUCCCGGAGUUGUCCCUUCUCGUCGCCGAGCAGCGCCCACAGGUUCUUCCACGGGACCAGGCCGGUGGCUGCAAGGGACUACUACGAUGUGCUCGGCGUCAGCAAGAACGCCAGCCAAUCAGAGAUCAAAAAGGCCUAUUAUGGGCUUGCAAAGAAGCUUCAUCCAGACACGAAUAAAGGUGAUGUGGAUGCAGAAUGUAAGUUUCAAGAGGUUCAACGAGCUUAUGAGACUUUGAAGGAUGAACAAAAAAGAUCAUUAUAUGAUCAGGUUGGUCCUGAUCAGUAUGAGAAAGCUGCUUCUGGCGGAGGCGGAACUGGCUUCGAGGGUGGUUUUGGAAAUCCAUUUGAGGAUAUUUUUGGUGGUGGCGGUGGCGGCGGUGGAAUGAAUGAUUUUUUUAGGAAUAUUUUCCGGGAUAGGGAUUUUGGAGGACGAGAUGUUAAGGUUGCGCUUGAACUAUCAUUUAUGGAAGCAGUUCAAGGGUGCAGCAAAACGAUCAACUUCCAAACGUCUGUAACAUGUGAAACCUGCGGUGGAACCGGUGUGCCUCCUGGAACCAAACCUGAAACAUGUCUAUCUUGCCGGGGGACAGGAUUUAUGUUCAUGCAAACCGGGCCCUUCAGGAUGCAAUCAACGUGCACAAAAUGUGGUGGUUCUGGGAAGAGUGUGAAGGAAUUCUGCAAGACAUGCAGAGGUAACAAAGUUGUGCCUGGAACGAAAUCAGUCCGCCUUGACAUACUGCCUGGUUCGGAUAACGAGGAUACUAUAAAGGUGGUUAGAUCAGGUGGAGAAGACCCAGAUGGCCGACCAGGUGAUCUUUAUGUGACCCUCAAGGUUCGUGAGGAUCCUGUAUUCCGGAGACAGAAAGGUGAUAUUCAUGUUGAUGCUGUCCUGAAUGUGACUCAGGCAAUUUUGGGAGGGACAGUUCAAGUCCCAACUCUCAGUGGAGACAUUGUUCUAAAGGUCAAACCUGGUACUCAACCUGGUCAGAAGGUAGUUCUGAGAGGAAAAGGGAUCAAGACAAGAAACUCACCGUACUAUGGAGAUCAAUAUGUCCAUUUCAAUGUCAACAUCCCUGUAAAUUUGACACCAAGACAGCGGGUGCUGAUUGAGGAAUUCGCGAAGGAAGAGCAAGGCGAAGAUGAGAAGGACGUGAAGGCAGCCGGGGCAUCAGGAUAG